AAUGGAACAGAUCUCUCUCAGAAGAGAGUGGAGAAACCUUCUCCCUCACUCUCUCUCUCUCUCUCUCUCUCAUAGCAUGCUUGCCAAAAACACACUGCUUCCUACUACGCGCCGCCCAGUCAAGAAAUUAUUAGUUGCAGUUAGCACCAAAGAAACAAGAAGGCCAACUUUAUUUCUCUCCCAUGGAGGGAGCUCUCUCCGGCCGCCAAAGUUUCUCCAUCUCCGAUCCAAACUGGUUCUCCACAGAAACUGGAAUCUACAGCAGCAGGCACCCCCCAAGGUCCCUUCCUCAAGACGCAUUUCAUGACCUGGCCUCCUUUCUCUUCUCCAGGCCUCACGGAGGUGAAACAGCCCUCGUCGACUCUGCAUCAGGAUUUUCCAUCUCUUACCUAGAACUCCGUUCCAUGGUCGAUCGCAUGGCCUCAGGACUCCAUGAAAUUGGAAUCUUACCUGGCCAAGUAUUACUCAUUCUUCUUCCAAAUUCUGUCCUCCUCCCUGUCAUCCUCCUCGGCGUCCUCUCCCUUGGCGCAAUCAUAACAACCAUGAAUCCCCUUUGCAGCGCUAAAGAGAUCCAGAAGCAAAUGAGCAGCAUCGUCCACCUAGCCCUUGUCUUCUGUUCCUCGGAGAAAGUUGCCACUUUUGCUCAAUUUGGUGUUCCGAUAGUGACCGUUCCCAAUGACUUGAGCUAUGAUUCGGCUCACUACCCACUUUUCCACAAGGUUGUUUCCGGCAGCCCGCCGCUUACUAGGAAGCCAGUGAUCCGGCAGAGCGACACGGCGGCGAUACUCUUCUCUUCAGGAACCUCUGGAUCAAGCAAAGGCGUCGUCUUAAGUCACAGUAACUUGAUCGCCAUGGUCGAGCUCUUUGUUCGGUUCGAGGCUUCGCAGUAUAAGAAGAAGAGUUGGAAGGACGUGUACCUUGCUGCCAUCCCCAUGUUUCACGUGUACGGUCUCUCUCUAUUUUCCAUUGGGUUGCUUUCUCUGGGCUCGACAGUUGUCGUGAUGAGGAGGUUCAAUGCGCUGGAAGCUGCUAAAACUAUAGCCAAGUAUAGAGUAACGCAUUUUCCUGUUGUUCCGCCAUUAAUGGCUGCUUUCAUAAGGGCCAAUGAGGCUCAUGGCUGUGAUCUGAGGUCCUUGAAGCAAGCCUCUUCUGGUGCAGCUCCUCUAAGCAAUCGGCUGAUACAGGAGUUCCUGAGGAGAUUUCCUCAUAUUGAUUUCAUCCAGGGAUAUGGUAUGACAGAGUCUACUGCAGUAGGAGCUCGUGGUUUUAAUACUGAAACCUGUAAGAAAUAUAGCUCAGUAGGUCUUCUUGCUCCAAACAUGGAAGCCAAAGUAGUUAAUUGGGAAACGGGGAUCUCUAUGCCGCCUGGAAAAAGUGGAGAGCUAUGGCUGCGUGGGCCUGCUGUCAUGAAAGGAUACUUGAAUGAUGAGAAAGAAACUGCAUCCGUUAUUGACAAAGAUGGCUGGUUUAAGACUGGAGAUAUUGUCUAUUUUGAUCAAGAUGGAUAUUUAUUCAUCUUGGAUCGAUUGAAGGAUACAAUUAAAUACAAGGGAUUUCAGGUAGCUCCAGCUGAUCUUGAAGCCUUAUUGAUCUCCCACAAUGAAAUCCUCGAUGCAGCGGUGACAUCAGCAUUUGAUGAGGAAGCUGGGGAGAUACCAGUUGCAUUUGUGGUUCGAAAAUCUGGAAGCAAUCUUUCCUCAAAUGAGAUUAUGGAGUUUGUAGCUAAGCAGGUAGCUCCAUAUAAGAAAGUUAGGAGGGUGACCUUUGUUCAAUCCAUUCCUAAGUCUCCAGCUGGAAAGACGCUCAGAAGAGUUCUCAGAAGCAGCCUUGGAGCUUCCAGAAUGUAGCAUUUAGCUAGUAGCAGCUACCCAACUACUGAAGUAUCGAUUAUACUCUUUCAUUCAACACCUUACCCUCUCAGCGAAAUGCCUUCGAUCUUUUGUUUUGUGAGUUCUAUGUCAAAAACUUCAGCUAGUUCUGUAAUAAAUUGGUGUGCUAUUUUUUGUUCCCUCUUUGCUUCAGCUAGAAAUCUAUUUUAGUGCUUAGGUUUAUGCCAAGAAUUUUAAGGUGAAGAGGUCUGCAACUUCUUGUCUUGAACAAUUUGGUUGUCUUGUAGUAUUUCUACUUGUUUAUGGAA